AAAGCGUUUCUUCUUACUUAAAAUUUUCUUCGCGUAUUAUUUAUAUAGUUUCAACUAGUUCUAUUAAUUAUAAUUAUUAUUGCUGGAUGUUAAUAAUGAAGAAAAUAAAAAUAUAAUCUAAAUAGAUAUCAAGAUUGGCCGCGAUAGAAAAAAGUGACGUGCAUGCGGAAGAUUUAUUCAAUACAGCUGGACUUUAAAUACUUGUUAAAAAAAAAUGGUUAAGAAGGGUGGCCCGGUCGUCAAAACAGCAGCUCCAGAACGAACACACGGAGUCGGGGGUAUUGGCUGUUGCUGUAUUCGUUGCUGCACUUGUGUUCACGUUGAAUUUCUCAAAACAUUGCCAGGAAUGAUCAAAGUCUUAGAAGCCUUAGUUAAUUUCAUAAUCCAAGGACUGCUAGUCAACUAUGGAUUAAAAUACCAUGCACAAAUUGGAUCUGCAUUCGAAGGAGCUUUGACAACUUCAGCGGCUUGUUUUUUGAAUUCUGGCGUUUUAUUACUCUGCUACAUAUUUUCCGAAAAGUCCUAUAAACUAGUUCAAUCUUCCUAUUUUGUAAGUAUCAUGCCUGUUAUUAGCUAAACGCAGGCAACAAAUACGCGUGCGAUAUAAGAACGAGUUUUUUAAUUAAAAUUUUUAAUGUACACUUAUAGGAGCUUAUGUUCAACUCGAUUGCCUGCUUUUUCUGCAUGAGUUCCGCGUCAUGUUUAGGAUUUUCAACGAAAAUGUUCCUUUGGCCACUUUAUGCCAUUACGCCUGGCUUUGAUGUUUAUCCUGCAAUGACAGCAGCAUAUGUAAGUAUUUUCUAAAUAGAAAUCGAAAAUUUAA